UCAAUGAUUGAAGGAAGUAAUCUACUGAGUCUCGCUGCUAGGACCUUGGAUAUGACUUUGUAGAUGACAUUGGGUCUAAAAUCAUGAUGGGAUUUGGGAAUGAGAGCAAUGGUGGUAUAGUUAAGGAUCUGACCGGAAUCAAAGAAUUCUUGAACAGCUGCAAUGAGAUAGAUCUUCACCAAUUUUUCUUGAAGAAGCUAUCUGGACCUGGGGCCCUACCUAUUUCCUGGGAGACGACAGCUUUAGUCAGAUCAGACUGUUGAAAGGCAGAAACAGUAGGGCCAUUACUCAGGUGGAAGUCGUAGGCUGCCAUGUGCCCUCCAAAAAAGUUCGCCCCUUAAUUGUUUUUAAGAAAAAGAGAUAACUGCAUUUGCACUGAGAAUUUGAAGGAAGCAUAUGGACUUGAAGGGAAAGCCGAUUGACCAUGGCUAUCGCAUGCCUGCUGAGUGGGAGCCCCAUUCCCAGUGCUGGAUCGGCUGGCCAGAACGCCCAGAUAACUGGAGGGACAAUGCUGUGCAUGCUCAACGUGUAUUUGCUAGUGUAGCACAGGCUAUCUCAAGAUUUGAACAUGUUACUGUUUGUGCUAGUUCCGCUCAGUGGAACAACGCACGUGAUCAGUUACCAAAACAUAUCAGGGUUGUUGAGAUGAGCAUGAAUGAUUCUUGGUUUCGUGAUUCUGGUCCAACUUUUGUUAUCAGAAAAGGUGCAGAAAGCUCUCAAAAUCUUGAGCCAAGUGUUGCAGGGAUUGACUGGACCUUCAAUAGCUGGGGAGGAAUCGAAGAUGGAUGUUAUGCAGACUGGAGUCAGGACCUUCUUGUUGCAAGGAAGAUUUUGAGCAUUGAAAGGUCCCCAAGGUUCCCUCAGACUAUGAUUCUUGAAGGUGGAAGCAUUCACGUUGAUGGAGAAGGUACUUGCCUCACCACAGAAGAAUGUCUCUUGAAUAAAAACAGGAAUCCUGAUAUGACAAAGGAAGAAAUUGAGAGUGAACUUAAAGCAUAUCUUGGAGUCAGCAAGAUUAUUUGGUUACCUCGUGGGUUAUAUGGUGAUGAUGAUACAAAUGGUCAUAUAGAUAGCAUGUGCAGUUUUGUGAAGCCUGGUGUCGUUUUAUUGUCUUGGACUGAUGACAAGUGUGACCCUCAGCAUUAAAGAUCCUUGGAAGCUCUUACUGUUCUUGAAAAUUCCACAGAUGCUAAGGGUAGAAAAUUUAACUGGUCCUCAAAAAGGGCUUCAUCCUAAUGUUGUUACGUAUACCACAAUGUUGCAGGGGUUCAUUAUUUUGGAUACGCACAUGGUGGGGCCUCUGUUCCGGUCAACUACAGUUUCCUUUCAACACAACUGUAAUAUCUUUUCAACACAACUGCAGUAUCCUUUCAACACAACUGCAGUUUCAGACGGAAGCCCUUUUUGAGGAAUUUCACAAAAUAAUGAACCCCUGCAACAUUGUGGUAUACGUAACAACAUUAGGAUGAAGCCCUUUUUGAGGAACUCCAUAUACCUGGUCCUCUCUAUAUGACAGAAGAGGAGGCAAAUGGAUUGGUUGAGGAUGAUGGUAAACCAAGACUUCCAGGUACAAGGCUUGCCGCUUCAUAUGUAAACUUCUACAUUGCAAAUGGGUCAAUCAUCGCUCCACAAUUUGGAGACAAGUGGGAUGAUGAAGCAGUUCGGGUCCUG